UUCAAUAUGGUUGUUGCCAAUAUCAAGCUUUUUUUUAAGCUUUUAAAUAUCACGCGACGUGGACAUUAUUACUUCCACGAUUUUUGUUGAUUAAUGACAGUAUCAAGUGAAACUCCAUCCCGAGUAGACGAGGAUUUUGUUGGUCCGGCGUAAAUGUCAAAAUGCCGCUACUGAAAUUUAUCACCAACGUACCGGAGAGUCACAUGGCGUGCGACCUGGAGUUAAAAUUGUCCAGUAAACUAAAGGAAUGCAUCAGUCAAUGGAAAGAGCAGUAUUUCACCGUAUGGCUGUUGCCCGGGCAACGCAUCAUUAGAGGCAGAGACAACUCGCCCAAUGCAAUCAUAGAGAUCUAUUGUUGUGCAGCUUUCUACGACGCAGAGAUAAACCGGAAGAUAACGCGUCUGCUGAUUGAGUUUGGCAGUAAUGAGCUGGGCAUCCAACAAGACAGGAUGUCCGUUUUAUUGUAUCGGCCCAGGACAGAUUGUGUCGGAUUGGCAAACGGUACACUCGUCUCUGAUCUGGUUUCUGAGCAGAGCUCUCAAACUCUACCAACGUGGGAAUAAGACUUCAAAACCAGCCCCCCCCCCAAAAAAAAAAAUUGUUACCUCCGCCAAGGAGGUUAUGUUUUCAUCGGCGUUUGUUGGUUGGUUGGUCGGUCUGUCUAUGAACACGAUCACUCCAAAAGUUAUGGACGGAUUUGCAUGAAACUUCUUUUAGGGGUGGUCCUUGGUACAAGUACAA